UUUAUCCACCACUGGACGUGGAGUGCUGCACACAAAGCGCCGGGUGACGCUUCGCCAGAAAGAUUAUUAUGCAGAGUUUGGAUAAAGAAUUUUGGGGUUUGCUGCCUCUGUUCAUAUCAGAGAUGGAGAGAGAGGGAGGGGGAACGAGCAAGAGAGAGAGAGAGAGAGAGAGAGGGAUUUCGCUGUAAUCAUGUACGGAGAGUAUUGAUUUCGUGAGCGCACUCCAAUUGGCAGCAUCUCCACUACAGCGCCGGCGCGUCAUCCUCGGUUCACAUCGACGGAACUAGUUGUAAGCAAAUGAGAACAUGUGUGGGAUCCGAGAGAGUGAGAAAGGGCAAGGGGGAUAGAGGGUAGCAAGAGGAGGUGUGAUAAAAGACUAUUUCAUCAACCUGACAAGUGGAUACGAAAUUCGAUCGCUGGACUAUAUCUUUAUUUUCUUUAUAUUUCUCAGACUGGGAAUUUAUCGAUUCGUCAUGCGCACUCCUCUUCAUUAUAAUUGCAGACAGUUGGGUGCUGUUCAGGCUGAAUAGACUUGAAUGUGCCGCUGCCAGCUUAAUCCGUGCAGACUGGAAGAUUUAAUAAUUCACGGUAAUCACGCAUUAUCGCCUCAGUGGAUGCUCUCAACACUGCUCUGGUGAUUUCUCCCUCUGUUUCCCCUUUCUUCCCGGUGUCUUCUGGAGGAUUUAUCGACGACUGCUUUGCAAAUAUGCUCCUUAUCUGAAAUAUCAUCUGUUGCUGCAACUGGAUUGAAAAGCCCCCAUGACUGGCUCUCACACGCGUUAAAGAUAGACUGCCCUUUGGUGAUGUGGACUUAAAUAGGAAGCAUUUUAUUCACCUUUUUGAUAUUUUACUCAAGGGUAAAUGUUGAUGAUGGAGGACGACGAAUUAGACACUCAUCAGGUUGAUUCGGAUUUCGAGCCGCAGAGCCGGCCUCGCUCAUGCACCUGGCCGCUGCCAUGCCCGGAGGAUUUCCCCGGUGGACAAGAGGUCAGUGGGGUUCUUCCACUGGCCAACAUCAAGGUGGAACCAGAGGACGUCCCGGCUUGUAUAGCGGGGCUCGUGGGUGGAACGCCGGGAGAACUGAAGCACCCAGCCGGCGCCCCGGCACCCACAGGCACGACGCACCCAUGCCUGGCUGGCGCGCCGCUCGAUGUGAGCGGACCGCUGCGCAAAGCCAAAUCCUCGCGGCGGAACGCGUGGGGGAACCAGUCCUACGCGGAUCUCAUUACCCGCGCCAUUGAGAGCACCCCAGAAAAGAGACUCACACUGUCACAGAUAUACGACUGGAUGGUCCGUUAUGUGCCCUAUUUCAAGGAUAAGGGCGACAGUAAUAGCUCAGCUGGCUGGAAGAACUCCAUCCGACACAACCUAUCCCUCCACACACGUUUUAUCAGGGUGCAGAAUGAGGGAACAGGGAAGAGUUCCUGGUGGAUGCUGAACCCAGAUGGAGGAAAGAUGGGAAAAUCUCCCCGACGGCGAGCGGUCUCCAUGGACAACAGCACUAAAUACCUAAAAAGCAAAGGCCGCGUCAGAGGCAAGAGGGUCGGUCGUCCUGGAAUAGGAGCAGGCUCUGUUGUGGUUGGGCUCCAGGGCUCCCCUGACCAAGGCAGCCCACCACGGAAAGGACUUGCAGGAACUGGAAGUGCAUCUGGGACAGAUGGAGAGUUUGAUGCUUGGACAGACCUCCAUUCCAGGGCUAGUUCAUCAGCUUCCACAUUGAGUGGGCGUCUGUCACCCAUUCUCGCAGAGGGAGAGCCAGAGGAACCUGAAGAGGGGGGCCUGUCUUGUUCCACCUCCCCCAACCUCUACCCGUCACCGACCAGUGCACGCUCGCCACCCAUGGGGGCAGGGAAUCUCUGUCCUCCCCUCGAGCAGCUGCCUCAGCUGGCUAACCUGACAGGUGCCAUCAGCCUGGAUGAGAAGCUGAUGGAGGAUAGUUAUCAUCACCAUCACCCACCGCAGCCACAACACCAGCAGCAUCCAACAGUUGGCAGACAUAAGCACCAAACCCCUGUCUACCACUACAGUUCUGGAGUGAAGGGGCAGAGCCCCUAUGGUGCAGGCGUCUAUGGUGCAACAGGCAUGGGGAUGCUACGCCACCACUCACCCAUGCAGACCAUUCAGGAGAACAAGCCAGCAAGUUUCUCUGGAACCAUGCGGGCAUACUCCAGCACGAAUGCCCUCCAGAGUCUGCUAACAGGGGGUCCAGCUAGGCAGCAAUACUGUUCCAAGGACAUGAUGCUGGGACAGGAGAGGGAAAGCCAUCCUAUGAUGGGUCAAGCUAGUAAUGGAGUAGGGUCCAAUCAUCACAGCCACCAUCCUGGCCACCACAAUGGCCACAGACACAAUGGACCUCAUAGUCACAGCACAGCUCAUAGCCAUAACAGAACUCACAGCCAUACUAGUCAUAAUCACAACAAUGUCACCAACCACAACCACAACUCACCUCACAGCCUCACUCACAACGGUCACAACCUCAGCCAGAGCCAUAAUCACACACCACCCCGGGCUGUGGCCCUCAUUCCACGCGGCAACAGCAAUCAGCUGCAGACCUACAACCACAAAGCUCCCUACCUGUACAGCCCCCCAUCACAUGCACAUCUCCCUGCUUCCACCACCCUGCCCCCAAACCCAGCAGGAAUGCUUGGCAUGCCUAAGGACUCUUGCCAUGUGGCCACUGCCCCACACCCCCGUCACAACCAUUACCCCGACCCACAACACCAAGGCAUGACUAACGGACCCUACCACCAUGGCCAGGGGAUGGGGAAUGGUAGUGUUGGUAGCAACUACCAUGGCUAUCACCAACCUCACCCCCAUGAGAGACUACCAGCUGACCUGGACAUUGACAUGUUCCACGGUAGCUUGGACUGCGAUGUGGAGUCCAUCCUCCUCCAUGACAUUAUGGACUCUGGGGAGGAAAUGGACUUUAACUUUGACUGCUCCCUAGCCCAGGGGGUGGGCAUUGGCAUGGGCAUGGGCAUGGGUGUGACCAUGGGCAUGGGAAUGGGAAUGAGCAGUCUGAAUGGUCCACAGCAAGCUCAUAGCAACCAGAGCUGGGUGCCUGGCUGAAGUCUAGGACAACACGUCUUAUCCUCUGAACUAAAAGAACUACCCUACCCAUAAAGCACUGUGCUCAACUGUGACAUUCCUGACUUGACACAGAGACUAUAGGACCAACAGUCAUGUCCCGUUUGUUGUCUUGACUAUUCUUCUCUCACCCUAUCCUCUUUUGAUUCCCCCCCCCCCCCCCCCGAGAGCUAGUUCAUGUCAUAUUAGGUUUUUCUUCAUAUUAGCUAUUCUGUGAUGACAAUCUCUCAGCUGUACUUGCCCAACAUCGCUUCUCAUCUACCAUGAGAAAUGAACUCUCAAUGCACUUUAUUGCAAGUGGGUCACAUCUUGCAGUGUGACACGUUCACAGAGCAGCUCAGGCAGAGCUUGACAUAUUUUGUAGGUUGGCUGCUGUGUUUGACGGCAACAAAUGAGUAAAUUACAAGCUCCGUUGAUAGUUAAAGUGUCACAUAUUGGCACUGGAUUCAAAUUUGCCUCCUUUUCUAAUAUGCUGUCAUUGUUAGUGGUGGGGACAAUCUUCUUUGUUUUCUAAAAGAUUUGUAGUUGCUUUGUGAUGAGAUCCUAGUUUUUUUUAAGCUUUAGCUCAACAUUUAAGAGACUGCCAAUUUCUUAUCAUCACUCAAUGAACCUAAUUUAAAAUAUGAAUGAAUACAAUAUUGUUAAACAUAACCCUGGGUUACUGGGUUGAAUGUAUUUAUGCAGAAUAUUUAAAUAGAGACCUGAUCUGAAACCAGUUUAUCAUUUUAAUGUCAAUGACUCACAUUCUCAUCAGAUCCAAUUAAUUAUCUUACACCAGCAAUCCUGUUAUGUAAAGCUACAUGUAUUUAGUCCUUGGUGCUUUGACUUUUCUAGUGGAUGUAACAUUUUGUCACUGCCCUUUUGCCUUCUGUUAGAGAACAUUGUCACUACAUCAUUAAAUGGAUUCUAUCAUUACUGGCUAGCAAUUUGGUGAAUUAAAAUACCGAAUCACCUUGUCUCACCUGGGCUUCUUUUGCCAGUUUCUCUCUCUCUCUCUCUCUCUCUCUCUCUCUCUCUCUCUCUCUCUCUCUCUCUUUCUCUCUCUCUCUCUCUCUCUCUCUCUCUCUCUCUCUCUCGCGCUCUCUGCCUGCCAGUGGAGACAAAGUGACCAUUCCUCACACUGAGCCAUUAAUGUGGCUUGAUUGAAAUUCAGCAUCUUGCUUUUAAUCUCCAAAGUGAUGCGGCAGCGAUGCGUCAUUAUUGAGAACCUAACGCGUUGUCCUCCCAUCUCUCAACCUGGCCAUCCGGGCAGCCACUCGCCCCUCCGACUUAAUGUGCCAAGAAAGCAAGACAAAACUGUGAUUAACGCCAAGUCACUCUGCCUGCUGUCCUGCUCUGAGAAGAGCCAAUGUCACUGUCCACUUGCUUGCUCACAGAGGGUACAAAAAGGAAAAUAUGGAGACAAGGAUAGAACAAAAGUCUGUUGUUGCAGUGGGAUCAAUCAUCAGCCUCAGUUUCCAUACACUUUGGGUGUGUGUGUGUGUGUCUGAAAACCGGUAGUGUAAUCGUGUUGUAAAUCAUUUCCAAUCUCUGUAUUUUGUAUUCCCCUGUGCCCAUGUUUUUCAGAGCUUAUACCCUAAGCUUCAUAUACUCAAAAAGGUGCAAAGCAAGGGAUUUAAGGAGAAAACAAUCAGCCAAUUUGAGUGGCAUGAGUCCAUGUCAAACAGGUUUGUAAUGCCCCACAGCCAUCCACGUCCACUUUUGUGUGUUUAUUCUGUUGUCUUGUAGUUGUUGUUGUUGUAUUGCUCAAAUUCUAAGGACCAACAAGGACAGUGCUGGAAAACCCAUAGUAAAAGGAGUGAAUUAAAUGGUGAAAUGAUGUUGGCAGUGCAGUAUGACCUUCCUAUGCUCCAAUAGGCCUACCUUACACCCCUCCCACACGUGCUCUGCCCUAUUGUCUGCAUUUGUGAGACGGGGAGCCUGAAGCUUGUUUCCCACUGGCCUUGAAAGAGAAAAAAAA